CCGGACAGUUUUGUUUACGUCUGUGUAAUGUUUAGUGCUUUUUUGUGUCCAGAAAUCUAGUGUCUAACCUUUCGUCUCUGCUACGGCAACUCAAUUCAGGGAUAAAGAUGGCAGAUCAGGCUCCCUCUGUGGCUAUGGAGGCUGUCCUCAAACCCAGUUGUGAACUGCCAGAGGACAUGUUAAAAAUCCGAGGGUAUGAUUUUAACCAGGGAGUGGAUCUUCAGGCUGUGCUCAAGUCAUACCUCACUACUGGCUUCCAGGCAAGCAGUUUGGGCCUUGCCAUCCAAGAGAUCAACAACAUGAUAGAAAAGCGCCUGGAGCCAAAUGAUGAAAAUGAGUCUGACACAAAUUCUAGCAAGUUGGGAUGCACCAUCUUCCUGGGCUACACAUCCAAUCUUAUUAGCUCUGGAGUUAGGGAGAGCAUUCGCUACCUUGCAGAGCAUAAAAUGGUUGAUGUCAUUGUUACCACAGCUGGGGGUGUAGAGGAAGACCUAAUAAAGUGCUUGGCUCACACAUACCUUGGUGACUUCAGUCUGUCUGGGAAAGAUCUUCGUCAGAGAGGCAUUAACAGAAUAGGAAAUCUAUUAGUUCCAAAUGAUAACUACUGCAAAUUUGAAGAUUGGCUCAUACCCAUCCUAGAUCAAAUGUUAUUGGAACAAAACACAGAGGGCACACGUUGGACACCCUCAAAGAUGAUUCAUCGUCUUGGAAAGGAGAUCAAUAAUCCUGACUCUGUUUAUUACUGGGCAUAUAAGAAUGAUAUUCCAGUGUUCAGCCCAGCAUUGACUGAUGGCUCUCUGGGGGAUAUGAUCUACUUUCACUCUUUUAAAAACCCUGGCCUUAUACUGGACAUAGUAGAAGAUAUUCGCAGAAUGAACAGCCAGGCUGUAUUUGCUAAAAAAACAGGAAUGAUCAUUCUUGGUGGUGGACUAGUCAAGCAUCACAUAGCUAAUGCUAACCUUAUGAGAAACGGGGCAGAUUUUUCUGUGUACGUGAACACAGGACAGGAGUUUGAUGGUUCAGACUCUGGGGCAAGACCUGAUGAAGCUGUAUCUUGGGGCAAGAUUAGAACAGAUGCAAAGCCAGUCAAGGUGUAUGCAGACGCCUCUUUGGUAUUCCCUUUGAUUGUGGCCCAGACAUUUGCUUUACAUGCCGACAGACUGACCACAAGCAAGAAAACAGAUUAAACCUAUAGCUUACCUCACCAGGUCAGAAACAGACUGUAGUAUAAUCAAAUAUUU